GCCAGCACACCAACAUAGACAACUCAAUUAAGGAACAUAAUACAUUAGUAGCAACAAGUUCCUUCAUCAAACAUUUGUGUUUUUCUUUUCUCUCUAGUUAUUUCCACCACUCUGUCACCUUUUUUGUACUUCCAAAAGGAAGAAAAAAAAAAAAAGAAUUCAAGAAUACAUAGAUUAGUAUAAGUAAAUACAAAAGAUAGAAUUUUGGUUAAUGGGUUCACUUCCAAUUGCAGUUUCUGGGACCACUGUCCAAGGUGGCAGUUGUAGGUGGUGGUGGUGGUGUAAUAACAGAAACAACACUGCUAAGAGUUGUAAUAAUAAUAGUAAUGGUGUUGGUGGUAGCAAUGAUCGUUGUGCAAAUUCUUCAGCUUUUGUGUUCUUUAUGGUGUCAUUUGUGUGUCUAGCUUCAAUUGCUGGAAUUUAUUGUAGACUUUUACUUCCACCAAAUGUACAUACAACACUUUCUAAAUUGGGUUGUAAUGAAGACAAUGAAGGUUCUUGGUCAAUUGGUGUUUACUAUGGUGAUUCUCCUUUUAACCUUAAACCCAUUGAAGAGGCAAAUGUUUGGAGGAACAAGAGUGCAGCAUGGCCAGUGGCAAAUCCAGUUGUCACUUGUGCUUCAGCUUCUGGGGCUAGUUUUCCUAGUAAUUUUGUUGCUGAUCCUUUUCUUUAUGUUCAGGGAGAAAUCCUUUACCUAUUCUUUGAAGCAAAGAAUUCAAUCACAAUGCAAGGGGAUAUUGGAGUUGCAAGAAGUACUGAUAAGGGAGCAACGUGGGAGCAGUUGGGUGUUGCUCUAGAUGAAGACUGGCAUCUCUCCUAUCCUUAUGUCUUUGACUAUAAUGGCAAUACGUAUAUGAUGCCUGAGGGCAGUGCUAAAGGGGAUCUUCGUCUUUAUCGAGCUGUAAAGUUUCCUACGGAAUGGAAACUGGAAAAGGUCAUAAUGAAAAAGCCGCUUGUUGAUUCUUUUAUCAUUCAACAUGAUGGGAAGUACUGGCUUUUUGGUUCAGAUCACAGUGGAAUUGGUGCCAAGAAGAAUGGUCAGUUGGAGAUUUGGUAUAGUAGCUCACCUCUUGGUCCAUGGAAACCGCAUAAAAAGAAUCCUAUCUACAACACUGACAAGAGCAAGGGGGCCCGCAAUGGAGGUAGACCGUUUUUAUACGAUGGACAUCUUUAUCGUGCUGGUCAAGACUGUGGUGAGACAUACGGGCGACGCUUACGUCUCUUCAAAAUAGAAGCUCUGACUCCUACUGAAUACAAAGAAUUUGAGGUGCCUUUGGGCCUUAAGGAAUCGAUGAAGGGACGAAAUGCCUGGAACGGUGCCCGCAGUCAUCAACUUGAUGUGCAACAACUAAGCUCUGGGGAGUGGGUUGCAGUUAUGGAUGGGGACCGAGUCCCUUCAGGAGAUGUAAAUCGACGGUUUAUUUUUGGGUUUGCAUCAGUUUUAGGUGUCGUAAUGCUGGUUAUACUGUUUGGUAUGUUACUAGGAGCAGUAAAAGGAUUAGUUCCCUUAAGUUGGUGCCCUCACAAUAUUGGAAAGAGGAGCGAUGUGCCAUUUGAUUGGGAAAGAUCGAGCCUUUUAUCUAAUAGAAUGAGACUAUUUUGUAGUCGUUUGAACAGAGCAAGCUCGUCUCUCCGCGCCCGAAUAAAGCCAAAAACAUGCAGUGGUGGGUUCGUUCUUGCUUUAAUAUUUCUAUCAACUGUGGUGUUAAUGUGCACCGGAGUUAAAUACAUUUACGGAGGAAGCGGGGCCCAGGAAGCUUACCCGUUGAACGGUCAAUACUCUCAGUUCACUUUAUUAACAAUGACCUACGAUGCUCGGCUUUGGAACUUGAAAAUGUAUGUCAAGCAUUACUCAAGGUGUUCUUCAGUGCGCGAGAUUGUUGUAGUGUGGAAUAAAGGCCAAGCACCAGAAUUAAGCGAGCUCGAUUCAGCAGUGCCAGUGAGGAUACGAGUAGAGGAACAAAACUCGUUGAACAAUCGAUUUAAGUUGGAUCCUUUGAUAGAAACACGAGCAGUUCUUGAGCUUGAUGAUGACAUCAUGAUGCCUUGUGAUGAUGUUGAACGUGGGUUUAAGGUAUGGCGAGAGCACCCUGAGAAAAUCGUAGGGUUUUAUCCUCGUCUUGCAGAUGGAAACCCGUUGAAGUAUCGGGCCGAGAAUCAUGCUCGUGAGCACAAUGGAUAUAAUAUGAUUCUGACUGGAGCCGCCUUCAUGGAUAGUAAAAUGGCUUUUGAAAAAUACUGGAGCAAAGAAGCAGAAGCAGGUAGGGACAUAGUGGACAAGCUUUUUAAUUGUGAGGAUGUGUUGUUAAACUACUUGUAUGCAAACGCGAGCUCUUCUAGCUCUUCUAGUACAGUUGAAUACGUUAAACCUGCAUGGGCAAUCGAUACUUCAAAGUUUUCCGGUGUUGCAAUUAGCCGGAAUACGCAGACUCACUAUGGACUCAGAAGCAGUUGCCUCCAAAAGUUUUCAGAAAUGUACGGAAGCAUAUCGAGUAGAAAAUCAGAAUUUCACCAUCGAAACGAUGGGUGGGAUGUAUAGCAGGGAACAAAGUUUCUCGCAUCAUAGUUGAAGUUAGUGGUUUUCAUUUUUUUCUUUUCUUUUUUGAUCUUCCUUUUUUGUUGGUAUAAUUUUGGUUUUGUGAUUUUGGUCAGCUUUGUUUACCUCCUGCUGUGAAUUUUGCUUUGGGAGGACUUCCAACUUUUGUCAGUCAAAUGUACAUUAGUUUAGAUGCAUAAGUUGAUAGUUCCUUGUUGUCCUUAUAUCAGAUUUUAAGAUAUAUACUUUCACCAACAUAUAUUUGUGAUAUGAUUUGAAUGCAAAGCAAUACAGUUUCUGCUGAACAA